CGGGGUCGCUGCGAUAAACAGUUACAGCAAUGCAAUCGGCACACGUCUGUAGCGUUUGGCACUAUUAAGGAAUGUAAAUGUCUCAGGACAAGGCAGACCAGGAGGACGAGCUGCUUGCUUUAGCAAGUAUCUAUGAGGAGGAGUUCCAUCGAGGUGACUCUGCCCAGGGGGGAGAGAUCCAACUCUGUGUGAAGCUUCCGCCAGAUUUCAAAGUUGUUGUAAAAGGGGAGAAGCAAACAGAAUAUAAAAUCAGCUUUUUACCUCCUUUGGUUCUAAACUUUGAGCUUCCUGAAGAUUACCCAUCUACAAAUUCUCCAAUAUUCACUCUUAGCUCAAAAUGGAUGACCAGAAGACAGAUGAGCUCUCUGUGCCGACGCCUGGAUGAACAAUGGGAGGAGAACCGAGGCUCCGUGGUUCUCUUCACGUGGAUUCAGUUCCUCAGCGAGGAGGUGCUGGACUUCCUGGACAUUCAGUCUCCUCUUUUAGUCACCAGGCAUGAAAGUAAGGCGAGUGGGGAGCGCAGCAGGAAAGCCGACCACGACGCCUCAGAUGUGACACAGCACGGAAGUCCUAGCUAUAGCUCGGACAAGAGGAAAAGAGAGCUGAGAAAGAAAAUGUAUGACCAGCAAACCUCGUUGGACCCGCGGGCCAUCGUGUCUGUGGACACACGCGUGGACCUCCUACCUCAUCUGUUGGACUUUGACGAGGCGCAACGGCAGAGAGUGUUUGACGGCACGCCAUUCUGCUGCGCCAUCUGCUUCACGGAGAAGCGCGGCGGCGACUGCCUCUGCUUCAAAGAGUGCCAACAUGUCUACUGCAAAGCCUGCAUGACGGAAUAUUUCCAGAUCCAAAUACGGGACGGCAACGUGCAGUGCCUUAAUUGCCCCGAGCCUAAGUGCUCCUCUGUAGCCACGCCCAUGCAGGUCAAGCAGCUGGUGGACGAGGAGCUGUUUGCACGCUACGACCGCCUGCUGCUCCAGUCUAGUCUUGACCUGAUGGCCGAUGUUGUGUACUGUCCUCGCCACUCCUGCGGCACGGCGGUCAUGGUGGAGCCCGACACCACCAUGGGCAUCUGCUCCGUGUGCCAGUAUGCGUUUUGCACGCUGUGCAAGAUGGGCUACCACGGGGUCUCUCACUGUAAAAUCCCCGCAGAGGAUUUGCGUAGCCUUCGUGACGAGUAUCUGUCUGCCACGGCCGAGGGCAAAAAGUUUAUGGAGCAGCGCUUCGGGAAAAGGGUGAUCCAGAAAGCCGUGGAAGAGUCCUUUAGCAGGGAUUGGCUCAAUGAGAACUGCAAAUGCUGCCCUCAUUGUGGCACCAACAUACAGAAAAUGGACGGCUGCAACAAAAUGACUUGCACCUCGUGCCGCCAUUACUUCUGCUGGCUGUGUCUGGGCCUGCUCAACAAAGCCAACCCGUACAGUCACUUCAACAACCCACACUCACCCUGCUACAAACAACUCUUCCACGGUGUGGAUCUGGACGAAGAAGAUGCCUUAUGGAGUGAUGAAGAAGACUGAUGUUUGUUGUCGUGCUGCCCGCCUGAAUGCACUUUAUCGCACAGCAGUCGUUUUUUUUUUUUUCCUCCAUCUUUUGAUUGUUGCAGCGAUGCAUUUUUUUUUUUUUUCAUCAAUCACUUCAUUAGGUGCACCGUCACGUUCAGUAGGACGUUUAGAAAGCACUUAGAAUUCAUAGCAAUGCAUAUAGUAAACAAAUAUUUAAAUGUAUCCCUCAAAAUAUGAUACCACUACUACACAUUAUGAGAAUACUUAUUUUGCCUUUGAUUUGAUAUCAAAUUUGCUGGCAUGGCUCAUUUGCCAUAUGUUUCCCAGGCUUGAUUACCAACAUAGAUAUGGGGGUCUUAGAUGAAUAGCGUGCUUUCAUGAUCUCGUUUCACUGCACGCGUGGGCCAAAAUAAUGGGCUCUAAGUGGUGUGCCCACUGAGUGACUAUGUAUGUCUACAGGGUGUCUCUGAAAAUUGUAUAUACUCUAUUUCUUUUUUCUGAUUGAGGGGUCGGGUAAACUUAGUUAAACACAGUAAGAAAAUUCAAUGCCACAAACUUGUUUUUAGGGAGGCAUUUACAGAAGAGAAUUAGCAUGUUUUAAGUCUGUCUUUUGGAGAUGUUAAUGAUGUUCCCCUAAAGAUCUUUCAAAAACCUCACUAAUGGUGUGUUUUUAGAUCAGGUUUAAAUAGGGCGAGGGGCUGUUUGUAGCACGUGUUGCCAAAAGCUACUAUCCAAAGGGAAGCCGUAGUUUGGAUAAUGACUCACUUUUAUUGCCCGUUUUAAACUGAACCAGGUGGAAAGUAAUUUAUUGCUUGAAAUUGUGUUCAAGCUAAAGAGACGUUGUUUAAACAGCUUUGUUGUCAUCACGAGAAACCUUGUUAAGCUUCAAAAUAAAUGUCCCCCUUCUAGCGUUUAAA